UUACGCCCGCCGGCUCUAGGGACCGUCUCUAAAGAGCCUGUCCUGGAGGGAGACGGAGGCUGGCGGGAGGGCUGGGGGAAGGGAUCCCGGCCUGGAACAACUGCUGACUAAUCGGCAGGCGGGAUCACGCGCCCGGGAAAAGGAAACCUGGCCCAAGAAAUCGAGCACUUUCCCCAAAGUUACAAAGCUGAAUUCGACCCAGACCCCGGGACUCCCCCUCCGUGCACCACCCGGAAGCAUCUUCCCUGUUCUUGAAUUCCCAUCCUGCCCUCCUGGCUUCCGAUCAGAUACGGUUGGAGAUAGCGGCUCAAUGAUACUGCUUGCCUAAGAUGUGUGGGGCCCUGGUUUCCAUUUCCAACAACCAGAAGAGACUGGCCCCGGGGACUGGGCGCCCAGUUCUUUGCGUCUAUGGACCAGUCCCUUAGUGCCCAGGGAUGGAAUGAUUGUGAGAAGGUGCAAGAGGAAGCUUCAAUAUAGGUGACCCUGUCUCCAAGAGCAUUGGGGAGCAGAUCCAGGUGCCCAUGUAUGCUAGUAUACAGCCCCAGGACCGCUGUUGACUUCCAUCAGCCAAACUAUGCAUGCCUGGGACUCUCCUGGCUCAGUGUCCCGGGCACUGCCCCUUGCUUCCUCAGUCCUGAUGCUCCUGAUGAGCUGCCUGUGGUUAUUAGGGGCUGGCCCCAGCCUCACAUUGGCUCCAGAGCAGCUGCUGGACCCCUGGCAGGUGCACCGGCUCCUGACCCAUGCUGUGGGCCACACGGCUCUGCCGGGCCUGCUCCUGAGCCUGCUGCUCCUGUGCACGCUGGGCUGGUGGCAGGAGUGCCAUCUGGGCACUCUACGCUUCCUACACAGCUCCGCCCUGCUUGCCCUGGCCACUGGGCUGCUGGCUGUGCUAUUGGCAGGCCUUGGGAUGUCCAAUGCAGCUGGAGGCUGUGGAUACAUGCCUGUCCAUCUGGCCAUGCUGGCAGGGCAGAGCUACUACCCUGGAUGGCCCCAGGGGACCCUGCCACCAUGGCUGCUCCCAUGGCUGCUGCUGGCCCUGACCUUGCUGCUCAGCUCUGAGCCGCCCUUCCUACAGCUCGUUUGUGGCCUUCUUGCUGGACUAGCCUAUGCUGCGGGGGCCUUCCGGUGGCUGGAGCUCUCAGAGCGGAGACUGCAGGUGUUACAGAACAGUGUCCUUUGCAGGGCUCUGGCCCGGUGCUGGCCACUAAGGCUCCUCCCCACCCCAGGCAGUCUGGCUGACCUGCCUGUCACUUAUCCUGCUGGAGUAAGGCCUGCCACCCCUGGAUCUCCUUACCUUGUUUCCCCAAACUCCUGGUCUCACAGUGAUGGCUCUGCCCAGCUUCCACCAGGCCUGGGGCCUGUGCAGCUCCCAUGGAAGGACUCAGAGAGGGGCUUGGCCUGGGCUGCAUCCACCUUUGCCCCAGGAACCCCGAUGUGGGCAGCCCUAGACGAGCAAAUGCUACAGGAAGGGAUCCAGGCUUCACUUCUUGAUGCCUCAGUUCAGGGUCCCCAGAACCCGGUGUGGUUGCCCAAGUCCUCUGUGUCUUCUCUCCGGCUGCAGCAGCUGGAGCACAUGGGAUUCCCCACUGAGCAGGCCGCAGUAGCCUUGGCAGCUACAGGGCGUGUGGAGGGCGCAGUCUCUCUCCUGGUUGAAGGGCUGGUGGAUACCGAGGCCCUAGUGACCGAGGGGAGGAGUGGUCCCGCCCACUGCAAGGGCACUGGGCCCUCAUAGUCCGAGAAGAGAGUAAGGACUUAGGCUUGGCCUGAGUCCUUGCCCAGUCUACUGUGGGCUUGGGAGCUUGAAGACAUCCCUGGGGGCAGGAGUAGGCCCCAGAAUGCUCUGCUACUUUAUAAGAAUAAAAGUUUUCAACCUGG